AUACAAUUUAACCUCAAUGGGUCAUUGGCGCUUGGCGCGAAGGCUGCCAAGUGCCUUUACACGACCGUGGGCAAGGGUGAGACCCGUGGCCCGUGAAGGCUUGAUAAUUCGGCUUAUCGUUAUCAGCCUUUCGUCGCAUGUUUUCAUUUCGUAAGAGAUGUAGAUAUAAUUCUAGAUAAUUGAUAUUUUGUCAUACGAUAAGAAAGUGCCUGCGUACUCUAUAUAUCUCUCUGCUCGGACUAGUCAAGAAAAAUGAGCACGAAACUCCUGUUUGUCGAAUCGGUGGAGAUCCUGCGGGACACCUUGCCGCAUUACCACACUCUGCUAGAAGCGAUUUUGGUGCUUUGGAUAGUGUGGUUUAUUUCCAAGAGACGAAGCGGCGGCCAGGAUUCGGUACCCUCGAAGGAGUUGGUGGAGCGUAAACUGGCGGAGUGGCGGCCGGAGUCCCUCGUGCUAGAAUCGCCAGCGGACCAUCCUUCGCUGAGUCCCAAACACAUCACUUCUAGAAUCGGGAAGCGGAUGACGGUCAAUGGCAGGGAUUGUCUCAACUUGGGUACGCAUAAUUACUUGGGUCUAAGUGACAAUACAGAGCUGAUAGACAGCGCCGAGGCGGCUAUCAAGAAAUACGGCGUUGGAUCUUGUGGACCAAGAGGUUUCUAUGGAACUGUCGACGUGCACCUGGAGCUAGAAGAACGUAUGGCCAGUUUCAUGGGCACGGAAGACGCUAUAACAUAUUCCUAUGGGUUCGCUACUAUGUCGACCGUAAUCCCAGCUUAUUGUAAACGUACCGACUUGAUAUUCGUGGAUGAGCGAGUAAAUUUCGCUGUGCAGAAAGGAUUGGACGCGUCUCGAGGAAAUAUCCAAUAUUUUAAACAUAAUGAUGUUCAAGAUCUACAUAAUCUCCUGAAGAAACAGGAGGAAGCGGACAAACGACGUCCUAAAAAGGCUGCGAAAAUCAGACGUUUUCUGAUCGUAGAGGGUAUUUAUAUGAAUACAGGAAACAUUUGUCCUCUACCUGAAUUACUGGAUCUUUGCAGACAGUACAAGUUGAGAAUCUUUAUUGAUGAGUCGAUAUCGUUUGGUACCAUCGGUCUACACGGAAGAGGCGUUACCGAAUAUUUCAACAUUCCCAGAAGUGAAGUAGACAUGAUAAUAGGAUCUUUAGAGAACGCUAUGGGAACUAUUGGAGGCUUUUGUGUGGGAACAUCCUUUAUCAUCGAUCAUCAACGUUUAUCUGGGCUUGGCUACUGUUUCUCGGCGUCUCAACCACCUCUCCUGGCAUCUGCUGCUAUCACUUCUUUAGAUAUGAUUGAAAAUAAUUUACAAGUAUUUCAAUCUUUGAAAAAUAAUACCUUAUCGAUUCACAACGGUCUCAAAGAAAUCCCGAUGUUGGUGUGCUCUAGUUUCGCAGAAUCGCCUUUAAAGCAUGUAUAUUUGAAAGAACAGAAAGACCGUGCCACCGAGGAGAAAUUACUAUCUGCAAUUUCUAACAAAUGUAUAGAAAAUAACUUGGCAAUCAUACUACCUGCCUAUCUGGAAACGGAAAGAAUCUUACCUAGGCCUAGUCUUAGACUUUGUAUAUCUGCUAGUCUGGAUAACAAUGAUAUUAAGUUUGUGCUAAAUACUUUGAGAAAAUGUACAGAAGAAAUUUUGUCGUUAAUGAGUGAGAUAAAUGUAUCUUAAAAGAGGUAUAUUUAAAAAUUUUAUUCUCGUAUAUUAAGAAUAGGUAUAUCUAAUAUUUAUACAUAUUUAUGUUCCCACUUUGUGCAUACACGUAUACAUCGUACGUAUGCAUCAACAUAUAUAUGCAUCAACAUACGUAUUAAUUAGUCCAAGUAAAUUUUUUUCUUGUACAAAGUGAACAUAUUUGUUAUUAAAAAAAAUGGAUGAUACGAGAAUUGCGAUUAUAAAGAAUAUGUUGGAUAGAGAAAAUGUAUUAGCGAAUUAAAUUGUACUUUAGUUCUGAAAAUAUACUUCAGUUUUAUCUCUUA